AUGGGGGGCAAGUCAGCUACCAAGGCCGCUUACUUCGAGAAGCUCAAGACCCUUCUCGAUGACUACAAGACUGUGUUCAUCGUGGGUGUCGACAAUGUCAGCUCUCAGCAGAUGCACGAGAUCCGUAUCGCCCUCCGUGGUGAGGGUGUUGUCCUGAUGGGCAAGAACACCAUGGUUCGCCGUGCUCUCAAGGGCUUCAUCAACGACAACCCCGAGUACGAACGUCUCCUUCCUCACGUCAAGGGCAACGUUGGUUUCAUUUUCACCAACGGCGACCUCAAGAAGACCAAGGAGACCAUCCUCGCUAACCGCGUGGCUGCUCCUGCUCGUGCUGGUGCCAUCGCGCCCCUCGACGUCUGGAUUCCUGCCGGAAACACUGGUAUGGAACCCGGUAAGACCUCUUUCUUCCAGGCUCUCGGUGUCCCCACCAAGAUUGCUCGUGGUACCAUUGAAAUUACCACCGAUCUCAAGCUCGUUGAGGAGGGCUCCAAGGUCGGUCCUUCCGAGGCCACCUUGCUCAACAUGCUUAACAUCUCUCCCUUCACCUACGGUAUGACCAUCGCCCAGGUGUACGACAACGGCCAGACCUUCCCCGCUAGCGUUCUCGACAUCGAGGAGAAGCAGCUCCUCGACGCCUUCAGCAGCGCUAUCAACGCCAUCACCACCAUCUCUCUGGCCGUCAACUACCCCACCCUCCCCUCGGUCAUCCACUCCGUUCUCAACAGCUACAAGAACGUUCUGUCCGUUGCUGUUGAGACCGAGUACAGCUGGCCCGAGAUUGAGGAGCUCAAGGACCGUAUCGCCAACCCCGAGGCUUACGCCGCCGCCGCUCCCGCUGCUGGUGCUGCCGCCGGUGGUGCUGCCCCUGCCGCCGCUGCCGAGGCUGCUCCCGCUGAGGAGGAGGAACAGUCCGACGAGGACAUGGGCUUCGGCCUCUUCGACUAA